AUGGCUGAUAAACAAGAUAUCACAGCUCAAGGAGGAUCUAACGAAGCUACCGACAGCACAAAGUCCGGCAAAGACACGAUCAUAGUGGCAAGCUGGAAAAAUCAAACACGACAAGGUGAAGUGGCGACAUACGUCGAAGGUUUAAUCGACGCUAGUGAUUUCAUGGUCCGUACCGGAUCAAGAUUAGCAAAAAUCUCACACAACGAUUUCAUUCAAGUAGGAGACUCAUGGGGCGUACCCUUAUCGAUCCAGACCGAUGCAGUUAAAACGUUCGGUCAAGCUUGGGAGGAAUACAGUUCUGCUCCAGAUAACUACGCGCUCACAAAAACCAACAAAGCCAGGUUCCUCGCUCAGGCUGGGGCGACAGAGGAGAGUCAAGCUGACUAA